UAACUAUUGGGCCUUUCAGCAGCUCGCUGAACUUCUUCAACUUCACCGAUUUCAUCCUGUACGCCACUCCGUUAAACACGGCCAACCUGGAGGUGGAGUUCGUCGGCACCGGACAGCCGCAUGUGGGGGUCUUCCAGCUGUUUGACAAGUGGCGAGCAGGUGCCGGCGGGUUUAAUUCUUUCUUGAACUGUAACCCUAGAUCCAG